GCCGGGCCAAGGCGUCCACCGCCCCCGGCACUGGGCAGGGCUUCGGGCGCCGCGCAUGGCCGGCCCCGCAAGGUCUGGCUUCCCCUCGCACACGAAUAGCCGUCUGGACGCGUUCCUGCGGAGGCAGCUGCCCCCCGAGGUCUACGACGCCAUCCGCGCCUACGAGCCGUGCAUCGUGGUGUCGGAGUCGGAGAAGCACGCCUUCAAGUACGUGGUGCUCAGCGAUCGGCUCAUCUACCUGACCGAGAACCCGCCCAGGUCCAUCCGGCGAGCCCUGGCGCUGCGGGACGUCGUGGCCAUUGACCUGAUUGAUGAUUACCCACAAUUUUUGAGUCCACCAGAUAGAGAAACCAACCAACAUAUUCGUAUCAUCCAUUCUUCAAAUGUUUUUAAAAAAGAGCAUGAAAAAUCAAAAGGUGUCAAGAAAUUCUCAUUUCCAUUUCAUCAUGGUACUUCUGACAACAAAAAAGUCAAAGAAGAGAUUAAUGGCUCUGUCUUUUGGAGAGGCAAAGAGCCCAGAAAUUUGAGUGAAUCCUCUCUCAGGUACCACCAAGAGAGCAGAACACCAUCCAAGGACUCUAUAUUUUGUCCUUCAGACCUCAAGGAGCUGUCUUCUCAUGGCCAAAGUGCCCUUCGACCCUUACCGACCCCCUCCAGGAGGAGCUGUCAGUCCACAUCAGCCCCUGGAAAGGCUGUCAGCGUGCCAUCUUGCACAACCAACACAAAAGAACCCAAGGGACUUCCAGAUCACAAAGGUUCUCUAAGUGAAAUCCCUUUCAAGUGCAAUGGGAAAGGAAAUGAGUUUCACUUAGGAAAUUCCUUCCUGGCCUCCCCUUUACAGAACAACCCAAACCUAGAGAAAAAGGCAUCGGAACUUCAUUUGUACAUUAUUUCCACAACCUCAUCAAUAUUUCUGCACUUAAAAAGUUCAUGGAACAAUUAUAUUAUAAAAGCUACUCUUUUACAAGAUCCCUUAUAUGUUAGUGAGCUCAGUCCUGCUAUUGGAACUCAAAAGCCAUAUAGAUCUGAGGAGAAAAUAAAGCACUUCAGUCAACUGAAAUCUGAACUUUUUCUUAAAGGCAAUACUUUAAGGAAGAUACUUUGCUUGAUUACAGAACUUAAAGUAGCAGCCCAGAAAAACUUCAUUCUGAAACGGCUUUUUUGGAAAACCAGUGACCUUUUCUAUUUCCUGGUGAACAAACUUCAUGAGUACUUGCCAGAGUCUAGGGAUAAGAGCUCACUUCAAAAUAAAAGCCAAAGGGCCGAUGAGCUGGUAGCAUGCAUUGAAAUUAUACAGACUCUGGGACUGAUGUUCAGAGAAACAGAAACUGAGUCAUCACGCCUGAGCACGUUGGCAGCUAAAAAGGGAACACUGUUUAAUCUUUUGGUAAUUUUAAUUAGUGAACCUCGGAUUCCAAAAUCUUGUCCUGUGUUUGAUAUCCAGUUGGUGGCUGAUUCAACUUUAGUUGAGAUGUCUUUUGAUGCUAAGUUACAGAAGCUUAUCGUGGAAUAUACAGACACAGCUACAGCACUUUUAUAUGAGAUACUUCUUGUCUUUCAGCAGGGAAAUCUUGGAUUGGGAUCCACUACGUUUGCUAUUAGCUGGAUGAUGUCCUUCCUCCAGAGUCGUCCUCCCACAAUCACUUUCGUGGCCAGUAUUGUGAAACAAAUGGUAAAGGGGCUUUCAGCUUCAUUUCCGCUGCUAAGUCCCAGCCAAGCAGUUCUGCUGUAUCAGCAAUUUUACAUCCUCAGGAGCUGCCUGCAGCACAGCAAGACUUUAGCUGAGUAUAUUAGGAAUGACUACAGAGAAGAAUUCAGGUACUUCAUUCACAUGCCAGCCUUGGAAAAAAGGCUCCCAUUGUGGUACCCUCUUACCCAACCUACCAUUCAACUUUUUCAUGAAGUUCUGAAAUUAGUUGAACAGAAACAAUGUAUGAAAUAUUAGUAGAGUCUAAAAUGUUAACCAGGAAUCAACCUAAUAUUUAUGAGAAAACUUGUUUGAUUUGUUUAAUAUCUGGAUAUGCCUGUGUCUCAUAAACAGAUUUUUUUUUAAAUGUUCCAACAAUUCCUGUGAGAGAAGUCCUGAAAGUUUUUUAUCUGCCACGAAAAAGAAACUUUAAAUACACUGACACUCAUAAAGUGAUGCUAAAAACAAAUGUUCCUCUAAAAAAGUUCCUAAAAAUAAAAAACUACAAAGGGAACAGAAGGCCAUGGAGAACAACUGUAGAAAGUACAACCUGAUCAGUUUUGUUGGUGUAAUAAUGGUGAGCGGUAGAAAGUCACUGAAAUGUCCAAAGAUAAACUGUGGUUUACAAAGUGUUUACAAAUCAUUACAAGAAAUGCCGAGUAGCAGGCUGACACCCUCCUUCUCCAUCUGUAAAAAUUCUAGUGAAAUAAGUAUUCACGGGAGAAUGAGCAGAAGAACACAGGCAUAACUGUAAGGAAGGUCAGGUCCUCAUUUAUCUUAGGGAAGGAAGCUUGGAGUUUCUUCAACACAAUUAAGUGCAUUCUGGUGCUCAGUUCAGGCACCUGUGGGCUACUGCAAGCGAUCUCACAGUCUCCACAGAGGAGAAAUCUCUAAGCAGUUAUGGCUCUCCCAACCCUUCGGAAAAAAUGUCUUCACUGUAUCUUAUGGCAAUAAAAUAAUCCAACAAAAACUUCACUUUAAGCUAUUGAAUUUGGACUUUCAAGAACUUAGAAAGUGAGUCCUUUAUUUGACCUACCAUGACUUGAAGGAGGAUCAGAGAAAACCCCAAAGAAAAGUUCUCAAACCAGAUGUGCCCAGGCCGUGUACUGGAGAGAGGAGUAAACUCACUCGUGACGUCUGGUAAUGCUUUGUGGCUGAGCCAUUAACCAGCUACUUGACCCCAAACAAGUAGUCUACCCUGCUGUGUGGAAGGGUGGAACGAGAUGUUCCGCAAGCUCUAACAUUCCCCCUUCUUAACGCUCUGUGAUGGGGCAGUGCCUUCCUCUGCUAUCCUGGCUCAUUGGGUGACUUCAUGUGGAUUCCAAAUAAUCCUGCUUUCUUCAGACUGAACAUUUCCCUUUCAGCUGUCCCCAACAUCAGCCCACAAAGCAUCCAAGUUCUCUCUACCAUCACCGAUCAAGGACUACAAGUCUAGUUUCCAGUGUGAGGGCAGUGAUGGAGGGCGUGGAAUGGUGUCUGUGAGUGUCCUGGGCUGUCAGAUGAGGGAAUGCUCCCAGGAAGAUGGUCAGUCAGAAGCAUAUGAAAAGAUUUGGGGGACAAAG